ACCUAACCAUUAGGAUUAAUAUCUUUUUUUUGAUAAAGCAGUAGUAAUAAAAUCCUAUAUCUCUCCCUGGCUUGCUUUUCCUCCAGUCCAGUACAAAAAGAGCUUCCCCUCGAUCUCGUCCUAUAUCGUCAAUGGCCUAUACUUGCCUUAUUCUUUAGUGGUUGAAGUCUUCAAUUCUUUAAUAAGACACAAGAUUAGCCAGCUACCACAUUCUAUUACCUGCUGUAUUCAGUGUUUCUAUAUAUUACUUAUUCAAAUUCCAAUUCACCUUCAAUCUCUAGUUAAAACUACCUAGUAGUUACCUAGGCAUACGCACUGAGAUACUCCCUAGGAUGCACGUGCGGAAGAUCACGUGAACACCACCUUACAGCCCGCGAUCCUCGACUUUCACCAAGUCGAUCAGCCAUGGCCUCCCACCAGAUUGCCAUCGCGAAGGCCUCGCUGUCGGCGGCGCUGUUACGCCCCGAUCCGACUUCUGUUUCGCGCGAUGAGAUCACUGCGCUGCACAGUUCUCUGGACAGAGUGCUGACGCACUGUUCCCCGUCCAACAUCCAGACCUGUAAAACAUGGAUUCUCAACUGGAUUGUCCAGUCAUCCAACAGGGUCGGUGUCUGGGGCAAGUACCUCGUCACACUGGCAACCUCCUUCGCCGCCGCAGGAGAUGACGGAAAGCCCGCUGCUCCGCGCCGCGAAUCGUCCCCUAAACGGAAACGCCUUCAUAUCCUCUACCUGCUCAACGAUCUGUUCCACCAUGCAAAGUAUCACUCCGACACACCCGUCGCAUUUGCCACUCUGAGCGGCUCUCUGCAGCCCUGUCUGGUGGACCUCGUCGGCCUCGCGGCCUCCUACGACCGAGAAAAGAACCCCAAACUGCACCGGCGACUGGACGAUCUGCUGGAUAUCUGGGAGCAACAUGGAUACUGCAGCUCUGACUACAUCGGCAAGCUCCGAGAGGUGGUCAAGACGUCGGCGUCUACGGGCUCCGUCCCUCUAUCUGCAGCGACGGGGGUGCAGGAGAGCAUCGCUCAGAAACAGACGGGCAAAGAUGCACCCUUUGUCAUGCCUUCGACUCAUGGCGACCUGUCCACCCCGUACUAUGAUCUCCCAGCGGGAAAUUUUCUGCACCACAUCAUCCCGGACUCCACCACGCCCUUACGGCCCGAGACCAUCAAACCGUUGCAAUUCCUGGCGGGCCCGGCCGACGAGAAGCUGGUGACGGCCCUGAAAACGUUUCUGAAAGACGUGGACCGGAUCUACGGAGUUGACGAGCCUAUGGACCGGGAAGACGCGGUGGUGGAUAUCGACGAGCUGGGCCAGACGGUCGUGCGGGACUCCAAAACCGGCGAGAUCAUGGAUGGCGAGACGUAUUACGGCUGGUCGCGGACGUUUUGUGAGCAAAUGAAGAAACGCAAUGAUGUGGAUUCUCGGAACCGCAGCCACAGUCGCAGUCGCAGUCGCACUCGCAGCAGGAGCCGCAGCAGCAGCUAUACCCGGACGAAACGGCUCAGACGGUACAGCGCCAGUUCCGACAGCGAGCACAGCCGACGGUCGCGAUCCCGCAGUCGCCGGCGGCUUCAGUCACGAUCCAGCAGCCCCCAGAGUCGUGAACGGUCUUAUUCCCCGCGUCCUGCAUCGUCGUUUUCCGGCCAAUACGCUCUUCCCCCCCCUCCUCCCCCUCCUCCAGCAAACGUUACUUCUCUUCACCCCCCCCCUCCUCCGGCUCUACCACCAAACUUUCCCCCAUCAAACCUUCUUCCUAAUGUUCCCCCACCACCGAACGUUCCCCCCAUGCCAUUCCCCCCCGGAGACGGCCAACCGUACCACCCAGGUUUUGCCCCGGGAAUGAUGCCAGUUCCCCCUCCCCGACCAGCCAACUACCAUGGACCAUGGCCUCCCCCGCCGCCGAUGCCGCCCGUUGCGAUGAACCCAGGAACCAGCCAGUCUGCCUUUCCUCCGCCAUUUGUGCCGUUUCAUCCUCUCCCGCCAGGCCAGCCGGGUCCCCCGCCGAACGCACCUGGCCAGCCUAUGCCUCCGGGGUCUCAUCACUUCCCGCCUCCUCAUACAGGCUGGCGGAAUUGGAGGUAACAUAGAGUAUGAAUCAAAUAAUGGAAAUCAGUAUUAAUCAUAAGUGGUAUUAAGUGGUAUUAAGUAUUCUAUUCUAGUAUAUAAGUUCGUCAAGCACUGCUCAAUUCCAAAGAAUGUUUCGCCUGGUUUGCCUCCUGGAUCGUCUGACACCCCUUGAUAAUCCCAAAGCCAUCCUAGACAUCAAUUAGCACGAUUCGAAGGGUAACUUGAAAAAGGACGUCUAAAUUGU